AUGGAGAUCAAGAAACCGCAGCAGAACGCAUACGUGCUCGGCGUUGGCCUGACCGAAUUUAUCAAGCCAAGACAGACUCGCAGUUAUGUAGAACUCGGUUUUGAGGCUGGUACCAAGGCCAUGAUUGAUGCUCAGAUCACAUACGAUGAUGUUGAACUGGGCGUCGCUUGUUACUGUUACGGCGACACUUGCUCCGGGCAAAGGGUAUUCUACCAGUUCGGCAUGACUGGCAUUCCAAUAUACAACACCAACAAUGCCUGUGCUACUGGUUCCACAGGUCUGCACAUGGCAAGAACGCUCGUUCGAGCAGGUGCGGCAGACUGUAUCAUGGUUGUUGGCUUCGAGCAGAUGCAACCUGGCUCAAUCAAAUCCGGCUGGAGCGAUCGACCAAGUCCUAUGGAGCAACCGACCAGACUCAUGGAAGAGAUCUUUGGAAGGCACGAGAGCCCGCGCACCGCUCAGUACUUUGCGAAUGCGGGUCGGGAGUAUAUGGAGAAGUACGGUGCUAAGGCAGAGGACUUCGCAGAAAUUGGUCGCAUCAGCCACGCACACUCAACCAGGAAUCCAUAUGCUCAGUUCCAAAAGGAGUACACCCUUAAGGAGAUUGCCGACUCUACUAUGAUCCAUUACCCACUCACAAAGCUGCAAUGCAGCCCAACCUCAGAUGGCUCUGGCUCAGCAAUCAUUGUCUCGGAACGCUUCCUCAAGGAGAAGAAACCUCAUCUUUGGAACCAGGCAAUCUUGAUGGCUGGUCAGCAACUUCAGACUGAUCCGCCCUCACUCUACUCGAAAUCUGCGAUGGACCUGUGCGGAUUUGGUAUGACUAAGAAUGCUGUCCAGCUUGCAUACAAGGAAGCUGGUGUGACCGCUAAGGACAUCAAAGUCUGCGAGCUUCACGACUGCUUUUCAGCAAACGAGCUGAUUCUGCUUGAAGGGCUAGGUUUCUGCGAGCAGGGCAAAGCACACGAGAUGGUCCGGAACGGAGAUAUCACAUUCGGUGGUAAAGGUCCUAUCAUCAACCCGUCCGGCGGACUAAUAUCUAAAGGCCAUCCCCUCGGCGCUACAGGUCUUGCACAGUGCGCUGAAUUGACCUGGCAACUGCGAGGCUGGGCCAACACAAGGCAUGUUGAUGCAAACGUGGCCUUACAGCACAACCUCGGUCUUGGUGGAUGUGUCGUCGUCAAUGUCUACAAGCGGGCUGAUGGAAAGUGGAACAAGAAAUUGUCUGAUCAAGAUGCUAUCAAGGGUACGAACUGGAAAUACAACCCAGCUACUGCCGCGAAGACACCGAGCAUGCAAGAAGCCGAGAAAGUGCGGAGCAAGAAGUACGCUGUGCAGUAUGCUUUGGCGGACAUUCCAGAGAAGAUUCAAUCAAGAUUGUGA